AUGACUCUGAGAGAACGAAUUAUAAUGACAUAUGUAAAAUUGAAGCAAAAUUUAUCAUGGGUGUUUUUAGCUUUAAUUUUCAAAAAAUGCAGUGCUGUGCAAUGUCGACGUAUAUUCGAGACAACAUUGACAAUGUUAUUCAAGUGCUUAAAAGUUGCAAUUAGAUGGCCAUCACGAGAAGAAAUUUAUCGUAAUUUACCGGAAUGUUUUAAAGAUUUUGAAGAUGCCAGAGUCGUUAUAGAUUGCACAGAAAUUUUUAUUCAGACUCCAAGUAAACUGUGCUGCCAGGAAUUAACUUAUUCAAAUUAUAAAAGUUCGACGACAUGCAAAAUUUUGACUGGAGUCACUCCUGGAGGAAUAAUAUCCUAUUUUACAAAACCUUAUGGGGGUAGACAUCUUGACACCGCUUUAUUCGAGCAAAGUGAUCUAAUGACAUUAUUAGAACCUGGUGAUGCUGUUAUGACUGACAGAGGAUUUUUAAUUGAAGAAAUCUGCGCUCGGAAUAAUUGGAAACUUAUAAGACCGCCGUUCAUGAAAGAUAAAAAACAAUUGAGCAAAGAUGAAGCUAUAUUAACAUCAAAAAUUGCUAAAGCUCGAGUUCACGUUGAGAGAUCAAACCAGCGAAUAAAAGCAUUUGCAAUUUUAGGCGAAACUAUGUCAGUAAAACUCGUACCAGAACUCCAUAAAAUAUUUACUGUUGUUUGUGCCACUGUAAAUUUGAGCUCACCUAUAUUUAAAGACGACAAAUUCAUGAAAAAUUAA